AUGGCGUCUGUGGAUACCAUAGGCAGUAAAUAUGCGCUUGAAGAUCCAGAAUUUAUCCCGCGCAAACGAUUUAAGACCUCAGAGCUUCCAUUCAACGCGGCACAGAAAUCCACGAUUGAUGGACUCUUGCAUACUAUCAAGAAAAAGGGCGAGUAUGAUUCGUUGAGGAAGAAAGUGUGGUCGCAGUUUGAAGAGAGCGCGGAGAAGACGGCGUUCAUAAACCAACUGAAUGAGCUUGCCGAAGCAGAGAUUGAGCGCGACCCAUCACUUCUAUCUCGUGAUCGUGGGAAAGCAGCUACCCUCAUGUCUGGAGUAGUCGACCGCAGCGACAUCUACAAAAGCGUCGAGAAGACUUUGGACGCGCUAAUCGCCAAGAACAUCAAUCACAUCCUUCAGGCAGGAAGGGAAAUCAGACGAGCCGAGAUUGGCGAAGAUAUCGCAGCUGCGGAGGAGAAGCGGGGCAACAAAACAGACGAGGAAUAUGCGAAAGAAGCAGUUGUGCGAAAAGAAGAGAGAGCUAGGGAGAGGAAAAGGGAAGAUGCUCGCAAGCGAAGGGAGGAAGAGAAAGAGCGUCUACGGGCAGAAGAAGCUAAGCACAUGAAAGAGAUUGAGAAGCUUCAGAGCCAAAAUGAGCGGAGAAAGGAACGUGAGGCUGCGCGAGCGGAGAGAGAAAAGGCCGCAGAAGAGAGGCGCCGACGAGAUAGGCCCAGAGAUGACUAUGAAGCAGAAAAAGGCAAGGAGAGGGAGAAGUGCGAAGUCCAAGACCCCGACACAGUACCUCCAACGCCAGUAGCGCCACCAAUGGACAACAAAGCACUCGAAGAAGCAGCGCUCGCGCUUCUUCUCCAAGAAGGCCGCGAAUUAGCUGCGAAGAAUGGCCCGCCAAAGCCAGAGCCAGAGCUCUCGGAUUCAGAGCCUCCUCAUCGGAAACCACACGUUUCGCCGCCCAAAGGCCCUGCGGCCGAUCGCAACAAGGUCCCUAUCAAACCCCGCCUCGGCUACAGCAGCACACCCCUUCGUCAUGACUCGGGCACACCCAUUCCACCUCCUCAACCCGCGGGUACACCCCGCAGCCGCAGUCCUUACAGAGCCCCAUCUGCACGUCAUGACCGCUCUCGGUCUCCUGACCACGCUCGUCGCCAUUCUCGGUCCUAUUCCUACCGUGAUGAUGACGCUCGAGCUCAGGCAGAUCUAGAUCACAAGUCGAUCUACAAAGCCCAGAUGCAAGCAAAGCGUGACAUAGAAGCCGAGGCCUUCAAGAAGCGCGGGCGCAGCGAGCGUGACGAGGGCGAAUAUCGAAGCCGGAGCCCCUCUCGAGCAACAGAAAGAGACCCCGGCAGAGACAGGGACAAGGACAGAGAGCGCAGCAAGCGCUAUGAGUACGAAUACAGCCGCGAGGAUAGCCGACACCAGGAUGAACGGCCGAGAAGCAGAGAUCGGGAGAGGGAGAGGCCGCGAUAUGAGGAGCGCGAGAAGGCUUACACUAGACCGAGGAGGGAGGAGGCGCCAGAACACAUCGAUCGCUAUGUGCCUGGUGGGGCUGCACCUGCAAGAGAGAAGCGUAGAAGUACGCUGGAUAAUGGAGUAGAUAGGGAUGACAAAGAGAGGAGUGUCCGGGAAGACACCAGGGAUCGAGAAGCAGGCAACAGAGACCGAGAUCGAGACCGAGAUACCAGGGACCGAGAUAGCAGCUACAGAGACUCCAAGCGGGACUACCGCGAGCGCAGCUCUUAUCAUGACAGAGAUCGCAAUCGCGACCGAGAUGAUUACGACAGAGACCGAUACCGGGAUCGGGAGCACCGAGACCACAGAGACAGAGACCGGGACCGAGAUCGUGGUGAAGAGAAGAGCAGAGGCUAUGAGCGAGACAGGGACAGGGAGAGGGACGGGCGUGAGGAGCGACCAUAUACGAGGCCGAGGAGGGAGCCGGCGCCAGAGAACAUUGAUCGCUAUGUACCGGGUGCUGGUUGA